AUGGCCCAGCAUGUCGAUGUCCUGGAUAUCGGCAGACAGGACACCUGGGAUACAUUAUCAUUAUCCUGUGCCCCUGCUACUGCUGCUCGGGAUCUUUCUGUGUUUUCCUCGCGCUCUCCGUUCCUGACUGAGAUGGGAUUUAUAUCCAAUAUCACACUCAGUAAAGAUGUGUGUCAAUUUCCGGAACUCCAUAAAAUCCACGCUGGACUACGCCACCCAUCAACAAUGACAAUCACCCACUCCUUGGUUCCGGUUUUCUCACAGGCGAAACCAUCGUGCUUCAAUGAUUUACUUUAUUCGAGUCCAUUUUAUGCCGAAAAGCUGCGAUUGGGAGAGUAUAAAGAAGACCAGGAUGUUGACUGGGAACAAAAAGAGAAUAUCGUCUAUUGGACCGGGUCUAAUACAGGGGGUCGAUCAACCGCUGACAACUGGCGAGACUUCCAGCGCCAACGUUUGGCCUUGAUGACUAUGAAUGAAAGUUUACCGGUCAAUUUACUACGUCAGGAGCGGCGACUGACUGCAAAAAACUCUGAAUGGGUCGAAUUUGAGUCUUCUAUUGCGGCCAUCACAAAUUUUACCCGCGUACGAAUUUCUGCAGUCAUCCAAUGUGACUUCCCCGCAUGCAGGGAACAAGAACAGGAGCUGCAUAUCAAAGAAGGCCAAAGGGACGAUAUCUCCGAUGGCUACAAAGCUCGCUACAAUCUCGAUCUUGGCGGCAACGGUCUGAGCGGGCGCUUCUAUCGCCUCCUCAUGUCUAAAUCAGCAGUUCUCAAACAGACUCUUUACCAGGAGUGGCACGACGACUGGCUCAUACCUUGGUUUCAUUAUAUCCCGAUCAGCAUGGAUUUACGAGACUUUCCCGAAAUUGUUCGGUAUCUGACUCAGGAGCCUGACGGCCGGGCUUUGGGUGCACGAAUCGCCAAAAAUAGCUUUGACUGGUCUCGUCGUGUGCUCCGCAGUGAGGACAUGAGGUUGGUUUGGUGGCGACUGAUGCUGGAAUAUGGGAGACUGGUCAAUGAUGAUCGCGACAAAAUGUCAUUCAACACAUGA